GCGCAGAUUGACUCUUUUGGAGUCUACUCACGUUGAAAUGUCAGUGAAGCAACAGAAACAGUUAAAUUGUUCACAAUUUCGUGAAUAUCCGCAGAGAACACCAUGGAUUAUUUGGAGGAGAUCAAUGUAUAUCUGCUAAACGUAAAUUCCAUCUUUAUUGUCAAGAUCACCAUUACUUUCAUCCUAACCAUCGUGACAAUCAUCUUGUGGAAGCGUCUGAGGCCACCUGAAGAAAGUUCCAAAUCAAAAGCGAGGGAAAAUAUUGAAGAUAGCGAUGAGGAAUUAGAGGAAGAGACUUCUGGUCAGGAAUUGGGACUUAUGGGAAAGAUCAAGUCCGCCAAACUGCGUGAAAUGGAACAAAAACUCUCGGAGGAGCAGAAAACGCAAGAAAACGAAAUCCAGAAGCAGCAACUGGCAGCUAUUUUCGAGUUGCUGAAGAAACAGCAGGAAGAACUAAAUGCUGAAAAAAUUACUGAAGAUGACUUUAAUGCGCAGCUCAAACUGUAUCGCUGAUGAGUCUUUGUCUGCAAAAUGAUUAUCCAAAGAUUUGGUAUUACAUCGAUGCUCUAUCUAGUCGUCACCAAAUUAACUAAUUUGAAUGCAGACCAACGACUGGUAGCAUCUGUGCAAAUCCUCAUGAAUGAUGAAUAGCUUUCUCGUUGUACUCUUUUUGUGAUUAAGUACACUAACAAAAUUUUAUAAUAA